AUGGCUGAACUCCUGAAGCUACUGCUGCGAGUGGCUGAAAAAGCAGCCAACGUGGCUCGGGUCUGCAGACAGGAGGCUCCGCUGUUUCAGCUCCUUGUUCAAGAGAAGACCGGAGAUGACAAGAACAAGAAGUUUGUUCAGGACUUCAAGACACUUGCUGAUGUGGUGAUCCAGGAGAUGAUCCGGCAUGACGUCGGCGUUCAGUUCCCUGAAAUGGUUGGUUUCAUUCACGGAGAGGAAUCCAACAAGUUUGAAAAUGGACUUGGAGAGAAUGUGACGGUGACGGUUUGCGCGACAGAAGAGGAGACCGCGACUUUGCUGGCCUCGGUGCUGGAUGGUGACCACAUAGCGGCGUCUCUACUUGCUCGAGCCAUCCACCAAAACCCUGCGACCAUUGACACCGACACAGACAGUCUGACCGUGCCCCUAAAGCCCUCUGAGCUCGGCAUCUGGAUUGACCCCAUAGAUGCCACCAGCCAGUACAUAGAGGGCCGAGAGGAGGUGCUGCGGGAGGGUCACCUGUCUCCCUCAGGUCUGCACUGUGCCUUGGUUCUGAUCGGAGUUUACCUCCGGGACACAGGCGAGCCAGUCAUGGGCGUCAUCAACCAGCCAUUUAACUACAAAGACCCAACAGAUGGAGGCUGGAGGGGGAAACACUUCUGGGGUGUGUCCUGUGGUGACCUCAACAUCUGCUCACUGUGUCCACCCAAACGUGGACCUGAACGGGGGCAGGGUCUCUCAGCGGUGCUCAGCUCCAGUGAGAAGCAGGUAGUCAAGGAAUCCCUGACUUCACUGUGCGGCCCUGAGAAGCUGAUAUACGCGUCUGGAGCCGGUUACAAGAUCCUGUGCGUCAUUCAGGGCCUUGCCGACGUCUACGUCCUCUCAGAGGGCAGCACCUUUAAGUGGGACUCCUGCGCUCCUCACGCUUUGCUCCGAGCCCUCGGAGGAGGAGUGGUGGACCUGACGAAGAGACUGCAGUCCAGCUCUGGAGCGCAGGAUCACCUGACAGAACUGACCUAUCACCAGGCCAACACUGAGUGUAGAGGAGCUGACCGCUGGGCCAAUCAUGGAGGCCUGGUGGCUUAUCGAGACUGUGCCCAGCUCCGCAGCAUCGUAGACGCCCUGAAAGGCAAGUUGUAGUCGGGCGUUCAGUGGAUGUUAUCAGCAGAUGCUGCCACAUUUUUGUUGCAUAUAUGAUCAUGUGUUUUGUUUGUUUUUUUCCUCUUUUUUUUAGUAAAGAGUUCUCGGUGAAGGACAAAAUAUUUUAAUUAUAAGGAAAAGUCUAUUUUUAACCAUAUAUAUAUAUAUAUAUAUACAUAUACAGUAUGCAAGUGUAUACAUUA